UAAAUUGACACCGAACGGUGAGGUAGGCUCUUUUUCUGUUUUCAGUCCUUAUUUAUCGUGAAAAUUACUCGAAUUUCGUGAUAUUCCGCCGCAGUGCACACCAGUUUAAUGCCUAAAAUUUGCUGAGGCUUACAGCAGAGGGCAGUGUCGGGUCUCGUGAACAAGAGCGAUGGUAAUGGAGGCGUCCCCGUCCCCCUCCCCGCAGAGCGUCGGCCGCGAGUUCGUCCGCCAGUACUACACGCUGCUGAACAAGGCGCCCACACACCUCCACAGGUUCUAUAACAACUACUCGUCGUUCGUGCACGGCGGGCUGGACGCGCCGCACCGGGAGACCCUCCCCGUGGUCGGCCAGAAGCAGAUCCACAACCGCAUCCAGCAGCUCAACUUCCGCGACUGCCAUGCCAAGAUCAGCCAGGUGGACUCGCAGGCGACGCUCGGCAACGGCGUGGUGGUGCAGGUGACGGGCGAGUUAUCCAACGGCGGCGCCCCCAUGCGGCGCUUCACGCAGACCUUCGUGCUGGCGGCCCAGUCGCCCAAGAAGUACUACGUGCACAACGACAUCUUCCGCUACCAGGACCUGGUGCCCGAGGACGAGGAGCCCGGCUCGCCCGCGGAGCCGGCGGGCUACUUCCCGCCGCCGCCCUUCCCGCCCGCCUUCCCCGCGCCGCCCGCCCUCGACGAGCCCACGCUCAACGGCCACCAGCCCGAGCGUCUCCACGCGGCGGCCCCCGCAGCCCCCCUGGCGCCGGCCGAGCCGGAGCCCGAGCCGGCGGCGGUGCUGGCGGCGGCGCCCGCGCCCGCGCCCGCGCCCGCUCCCGCUCCCGCGCCCGCUGCCGCGCCCGAGCCCGCGCCGGAGCCCGAGCCGCCGCGCGAGCCCACGCCGCCGCCCGUGCAGCAGCCCCAGCCCGUGGUCCCGCCGGAGCCGAAGACGUACGCCAACCUGCUGAAGUCGUCCGCGCCGGUGUCGGCGGCGCCCGCGCCCGCCCCCGCCUCCGCCCCCGCCCCCGCGCCCGCCGCCGCGCCCGCCCCGCAGGAGCCGCGCCCGCGCGUGCCCCGCCCGCCCAGAGACUCGCAGCCCAAUGAAGGCAGCCGCAACGAGCGCGGGGCGCGCGACGAGCGGGGUGAGCGGGGUGAGCGAGGAGAGCGAGGAGAGCGAGGAGAGGCGCGGCGCUACUCGGACUCGCAGCAGCUGUUCCUGGGCAACGUGCCGCCGUCGGCCACGGAGGAGGAGCUGCGCGCGCUGUUCUCGCGCUUCGGGCCCGUGGCCGAGCUGCGCGUGCUGGGCCGCGCGCCGCACCCGCACUACGGCUUCCUCACGUACGAGAGCGCCAAACACGCGCAGGAUUGUCUCAGCGCGCAGCCGCUGUACUUCCCGGCGGACAGCCCGGACGGCGUGAAGCUGAACGUGGAGGAGAAGAAGGCGCGCGGCUCGGCGCCCCGGGACGGCCGCGACCCCCCGCGCCGCCGCCCCACCUCCUCCCACCGCGCCUUCCCCGCCCCGCCCCGCCAGCCCUACCGCCGCUAACGACGCACCUCGGCGCUCCCCAUGCGACCGGCCCCGCGCCUGUCCCAGAUCACUUCACACGACGCAGACGGGCCCUGAGAACCGUGCUUCAACACUUGCCUGACUUUGAUUAACUAUAUCAUACUUAUUGAUUGUUAUGUAAAAACUAAGAGAAACCCGUGCCACCUAGUUUGACAGCAGAAACAGAUGGUGCUGUGCGCCACGUUUUGUGGUCCCUGAAAUGUCACUUUUGACGACCAAAGUGCGAACCCUUUAUAGCGCCAUCUCGGUGGGAGUCCAUCGUUUUUUCUAGUUAAUAAUUUAUUAUUUAUUUUAUUGAUAUUCUCUAGCUGACUUUGACAAGGGCCCUAGUGGCCAUUUCUCUAAUAUAAUAAUAUAUCACCAUAUACAUCUGCUGUCAAAUUCGAAGUACGAAUUUAUCUUAGACAUGUAUUCAAUCGAUAGAUCUUUGAUUUCAUUGACUAAUGGGGAGGACCUUAGUUAAUAUAAUCAAACUGGUUGUUACGUAACGUUAUAUAACAUUGCGUGACAGUAGUGUAAUACUAUCAUGUUGUACAGUCGAGGUAUUAAAUAUAGAUACAGACAAAGUGACAAAAUAUGUACACCCUACCUUAAUAUAUAGGCAGUAAGGUCGUGUAUACAUAUUUUAGGCACUUCGUCCGUAUUUAUAUUUAAUACCUUGACUGUACAGCCUGUCACACGAUGUGAGAUAGUAAAUUGUUUCAAAAUUAAGCCACCUAUUAUAAAACCACUGAGAAAUACCUCUCGAACCGUCUAAGUUAAAUCGGAAGGCAUUACCCGAACUGUUCUCAAACACUAUGCAGUUUUCGGAAAGUAGACGUUAUGUCAGUCGCGUACGGUUCAUAUUUGAGAGCCUCAAUGUACUUAGUGUUUAGUUAAUUCGCUGUAAAUUCAAGUCUAAUUAAUAUUACCAUGUAUAUUUCCACUUCAAACUAAUUAGCAAUAAUAGUAAUAAGUUACGUGUGAAGAAAAAUACGUCUUUUUAAAAUACAAUGAUUUUUGAGGAUCUUAAUUUCUCCUUUAAUAAACUGGAAAUACAUAUGGUGGUUUAAAAUGAACUAUAUACAUUAUGAUAAAACUGUGCUUGUAAUAUGAGAGUAGGCGGGUCCACACAGAGCGAGCAUAUGCGCGAGGCAAUUUUCUCGCGCACAAAACGGCCAGUGUGGACGUGCCUCGGCCGAGGCGGCGCGCGCGUUUGCCUCGCGCGUAUGCUCGCUCCGUGUGGACCAGCCUAGUCAACAAUAAUAUCUUGCGCGUGUGUAAACCCACUAUAAAUAUAAAGAGUAACAACGCAAUAUAACGGAGCACAAAGCUCCUAUAUGUAUUAUUAACUCAGACGGUUAGUGAGUUGCUAUGGUUUAAUAUGUGUUUGUGAGAUUGAUUGUUAGUAUAAUCGGUCUGUAAAAAAUAAUACUUAAACUAGGUUUUCUUCCAAGUUGAUGCGCUCUAUAUCACCAACCAUCUGAGUUAAAUGCUGUAGCAUUAUAUGUACAUUUAUGUCGUUAUAAUAUGAACCAUUUGAACGCCAAGACCGAUUAAAGGCGUUGUAAGUGCCUGUGGCGCCGAGAACGCUUCAAGGCGGUCAGAGUAUUAACGUCUCCAGUACGGUGUAUAUAUAUAUUUGCUAGCUUAUGCCAGAGACAUUGGCGUGUGCAAAACGUUCUUGGGUUAGGGUAGGCGUUCAACAGGAUGAAAAGUCUGUGAACGCAAUUCAAUUUCUCUCAGUCAAAUUCAAUUGCACGUUUUAGUUUAUAGAAUUAGAAUUGACAGUUGUCGUGACAGGUGAGCGGCGCCCGCGCGGGCAACAUUAACACGCUUCGCAUAUCGCUUCUCUUAUUAUUUUCUUUAAGUAGUUAGAUAGUAAAUUAAUAAUAAUUUCGGGCUCGCCCGCGUUAACUUUAAUCACCGGAUUUGUCGUAAAAUGCAUAUUUAUGCUCGAUUUGAUAGAGGCACUCGCUCGGCUCGGCCCCUAAGGUUCCUCGGACUACGAGACAUUUCAAACGAAGUUCACUGCGGGACAGUUCUUCAAGGAUACCCACGACGACAUUUUAUUAGCUACAUAGUUAAUCUAGCUUGUGUAUUCUACAAUGUGCUUAAUUUACGAAAACCCACCUCAAUUUUAUGAGCUAUUUUAUUUUCUGCAUUUUAGUCUAAAACUGUAAAUAUUCACUUAAUCUCUCAAAACGUCGUAUGAUGAACAGUAUCUAGGAAAAGUAUUGUAUUUCAGUUCAGUACCCCUAGUGUACAUUUAUUCGAUAGCGAGACGUGACGUACACCUGGUGGGCGCUCGUGAACUUUGUUCAGAUGCCGGACAACCCGUUGGGCGGGUUGUUUUGUACGCAGCUAUAGACCACCGGUUUCUGGGGUAGUGCACCGUUUUUUGUCUGGCAGUGAAUGUGUUAAGUCUCAUUUUGUAUGGGAUUUUGAGUUCCCAAAACGUUCCGCUUGGCGCGCUGUUUCUAAAUCCUAUACAAAAUGAGACUUAAUGGAAACGCGUACGUCACGUUACGAUAUGGAAUAAAUUUACACUAGGGGUACAGUUCAGUGUAAUGUGUAAAUGGCGUAUUCGCUAGAUCUGAACGCGCCUUAAAAAGUUAAAUACAUUUUCGAAGAUUGUAAGAUGUUAGUUUCAAGCUGUAUGAAUAUAAGUAGUUUCGUCGGCACAGGGGCAAGGCCGGGCAGCGCAGCGUGUGUCACGGAGAAGUCUGUAUUCUUUGCGCGUCCACUCGGCCGAAUCUAGAGCGAAGCGAGGGCUCCUAACAGACUAGACUGCCUAGAUCCGGCCCUGUGACGAUUUACCAAUGUUCCACUUCCAUAAACGUGCUAAAUUAAAAAGAUUCUUAAAAACUGUAGUGUUUUUAAUUUAGCACGAGCAUAAUGUCGCGCUUAGUCGUUAUAAUGGGGUUAAAAACGCUCAACGUAGAGGGCGCUACGGUGUAACGGCUCCAACAAGAUUUCUCUUUAAAAAAAUAUAAUUUUGAAAUGUCAUGUUUAAUGCUAUCAAUCUGCAAGAGCAGAGGGCCCGGCCAACAUGCCAAUCGUUAGAGUGAUAGAGAAACAUGACCGUUUGGUUCGCUACGGCGCAAACGAUUGGCAUCUUGGCUAGGCCCCCAGGAGUGUUAACUCAUACAUCGAAAUCGAAUAUUUUCAUAUUUUUCAUUUGUGACAGAAAUGGAAUUUAAAAUUAGAAUUUUGAAAUUCACUAUAGGUUUCGCGGGACAGAUAAACUAUGACUACAAAUAUCAAACUCUUGAUGGAACUUCCCUGAAGCGCCCUCUAUGUUGAGAUAAUGUUCAACCACAACAGUUUUUAACCCCAUUGUCACGGCUCCUUCGGCGGUAGUUGCAUAAUUCCCAUAAAUAAUGUCCAGUAAUCGGGAAAAGUAGCCUUCACUAACUCGUUCGCGUUGUCUAUAAUAAUGGGGCUUAUAUAAAUGCGCCGUUUUCAACCAAAAGGGUACUUAUUGUUGGUUGUCAAUAAGGCGGUAUUUCAGUAAAGCUUCAAUUUUGUAUCAACCUUAGCGGCAACCGAAAAUGUGGUACCUUUUAGUUGAAAACGUCACAAAUAUUGUGUCCUAAUGUAAUAGUUCUCCUAUUUUCAUUGCUUAAAGUUUCUAAUAGUACAUUACGAUACAAGUGCAAAAAAUAGGAAAUUCGAAACGAGUGGCGAUAAAUUAAAACACGACCGAAGGGAGUGUUUUAAAUCGACACGAGUUGCGAAUUACCUAUUCGGACAUGUAUCGUACAACGUUUUACAGUACAUUUGGCCCUGUAAAUGUUCGACACAGUAACGUAAUAUGCUAAUUUUCGCACUAGUGCUAUAAAGUAGCACCAUAUGUACUGUAAAUGUAACUUAUUUUAAACGAAUGCAUGAAGUAUCAAUACUAAACAACCAAAUUCACUUUAAAUUAAAAACAUAUUAUAUAUCGUAAAAACAGACUUAAUUUCAAGAGGAAUUGGUUGGCACUUGCCUUGUGUUGGUACUUUAGGUAUCAUUUUUGAUACCUCAACCAUCCAAGAGUGAAAUUGGCCGAAAAUUGCAUUAGGACAGACAUAUCUGAAAUAGAUCACCCAUAAGAAGUAUAUUGACUGAUUGUUUCUACAAUUCACAAUUAUUUUCUAUGUGAUAUUCAAAGUAAUAAAGUUAUAUUUCGCGUCUUCA